UUAUCCAACUCCUCAGGAUCGACAGAACUAGGGGGGCAAAAGGCACCCCAAAGCUCAAAACAGAGCAGGCCUGGGGCAGCUAAAACUCAGCAGGCCUCUUCCAGAGACCCAAGAGGAGAUCACCGAGAGGAGAGACUGGCCAUCCAUCUCCAGGGACCACUGGGGAGCCUCUUUCUUUUAGAGUGACUGGGACGGGGUUUCAUUGUCCAAGGAAGCCUUUCAGCUGAGAGCAGAGAAGAGAUGAACACUGAGGAACCGAACCACAAGAGCUCCCCAACCCUUGGCCUGGUUUUCUUCACCAACACAACCUCCGCUGAGCUUGCCUCACCCAGUCCAUGGCCCCCAGGGGAGAUACCACAAUCUCUGUCCAUCAUCAUUGCUCUGGCCUGCAUCUUCCUUCUGCUGGCAACUUUCCUGCUCUUUGUCACCCUCUGCAAGCCGGCAGCCAUGGACCCUUCUCGCCACGGCCCCCACGAAUGCAUGCCCUACCACCCAGAGACGCCCAGCGAGCCCCAGCUCCGAUUCUGGAAGCGCCUUGGCUCCCUGCGCCAGUCCAUCCAUAGCUUUCGUCGGGGCCGGCCUGGCUCUCAGCACCCCGGGCCGGCCAUCCACCAGCCCCUACCUGAUAGGGAUUGGGGCUUCAUGGAAUCCACCAAGAUGUGAUGUGGUCGAGGGAGGAGCUGGAGGUCAUCUAGGUUCCCUCAGAAUGAUGGGAAGAAGGUGUGGAUGGGGCAUCCUCCCCCAAAGCCGAAGCCUGUCUCUACUCUGACCCCAUAGACUCCCAACUCAACCCUUCUACCCAUAGGCCAAGUCCAAGAAAAGCUGAAAGUCCUCAGACUCUACCAACCUACCCCAGGUACAGAUCUGCAAUGGGGUUCCUUGUACUUUGUGGACCAAUUCUUUUGUUUCCCACUGGAAAGCCUACCCUAUCCAAGGACAAAUUGGAGAACUCUGUCCAGGCUAGCAGGAUGUAGCCAGCAGGUAAAGCAAGGAUGCCCCUUAGAGAUAGAUCCCUUUGCUAAAGGGCCACUGUUUUCUGGAAAUCCCAUUUCAGGUUUCCCGACUUCCCUUUGAAAAACAAUUUUUUGUGUAUUGAAGACAUAACAUUCAACUUGUCCUUCCAGAAUGCCUCCUUCCUAGCUUCAGGGGAAAAGUUCUGGUAAGAGUCCAAAGUCAUCAUUUGGUCCAAAGGUUUCUUCCAAACAACGUCAAAGCCUAAGGACUCCUGGGAAAGCUCUAUUCCCGGAGAGACUAAUUGAAUUCUCGACUGGUCCAAGCAGUCCAAGAGAUGAGGAUGAGUGAGGGCAGGCACAAAUCAGCUCCCUUCUUCCUCCUGCCCUAGGAUGCCCAUCAGUCCACUUCUGCCAUUGCAGGAGAACUGCAGAGAGCAGGCUGCAGAAACUGGUAUCCUUUGGCACUUGGGGCAGAGGACUUUGGUGACCAACGGGCACAGACAGCAGAGGACUGUGCUACCUCUAUUAGGAGCCGCAUGUGCUAUCUCAAGGAAGUUAAAGAAAGACCCUGGCUUAAAGGACAAGCUCCCAAUUGCCCCCUCCUCUCUCCUGCCAUCUCCUUCCCGCCGCAGCAAUGGGCAAGGCUACAUGGGGAAGGGAAGAGGCUGAGCUUCCCAGAGAGGAGGUAAUCAUGCUGGUGAUGCCUGGCUGCUCCUUGUUGUGCAGCCCUGAAGCUGGGAAGCUAAUCAGUAGGAAUCCCUCUCUGCCACUGGGGGGAGGGCAGAGGGGAAGGUAGCAGUUGCAGCUGGCAUGGAAUGGCUUGAUUGAAGGAGGAAAGGAGAACUUAUUAAAGGUUUUGAAUGUGGCUGCAGGGCUGGCAGGACUCGGAGGGAGACACCUCCAGCUGGAGCCUCCUUAAAUGUAGGGAAGCCCAGAUGAAAGGCCAAGCCUGUCCUCCGUACCAGCAAUAAAGAACCUCUUUUCCUGUU